GACAGACAAACCAGAACUCAGCCAGCAAGCAAAAUGUUCACUUCUUUGCUCUUCUGCAGUUGUCUUGUCGCCUUUUGGUCUACCGGCUCGGUCAGCACCAACAGCCUGGUGGACCCUACAGCUUAUGCCAAUCUAUUGGCGCUACUCACCGGUAAUACGGAGGUGGCAUCACCUGCUAGGGUACCCUAUCUGCGAAGACUUCCUCAGCAUCAAGUAGCAGCACGGCCUUAUUAUUCAGCCAAUCCAUUCGUCGACUACCGUCCCGCAUACUACAUGACGCCGCAACCAGCUGGCCCAGCACAACUUUUCGACCAGGGAUUUCCGUAUGCGGAUGAAUCAAAGUUUCAGUAUCGCUCUGGAGCAGAUCCUCGUUUCUUCGGACUAAAGGCGACUGCCUUGAAUGCUUUGGUUGGUUCUCUAGUGAACCAGUUGAGAGGACCACCUGGUCCCCCAGGUGCUGCCCCAAUCCCGGCUGGCCCUCCCGGCCCACCAGGUCCUCCCGGUCCUGAUGGAAAUCCUGGUGCCGAUGGUAACCCCGGUCCUGAUGGAAAUGCCGGUCCCGAUGGAGCCGCAGGUCCUGACGGAAAUCCUGGUCCCGAUGGAGCUGCAGGUCCCGAUGGAAAUCCUGGUCCUGACGGAGCUGCAGGUGCCGAUGGAGCAGCAGGUCCACCAGGCCCACCUGGUCCAGCUGGCCCACCUGGACCUCCUGCCGUGUAGACGUUAAGAAAAUAGAGUGUUUUCUUAAUAUGUUGGCGGCUAAAGAAUUUUACUCCUAGUAUUGGUUAUGAAGGCAUCAUCCGAAUGUGGGUUAAGGUAUUUAUGUUACUGGGUAUCAAGGGAAUCGGUAAAACUUGCUUAUGAUUUACUUGUAAAAUUGCAACAUUUUCUAAUACAUGUUCAAUUCCAUACAAAA